CACACCUCUUGCACCAGGUUGUGGUUAUAGAAUAAGAGUGACACAAUGGCUUCUUUACAACCUAUAUUGCCUCCAUCGAGAUCGACCGAUCUGAUCAUAUAAUCAAUCAACCUUACAGCACAAUGGCUUCGACACAAUUUCGUUUGCUGAGGGGCAAGACCGCUUGUAUCACUGGCGGCACGACUGGCAUUGGUCGGGCAAUCACCCUGGAGUACCUCCGUCAAGGAGCCAAUGUGGCAGUCAACCAUCUCGGUCUUGCAAAGGACGAGCAACUCAAGAAAAGCUUGAUUAAGGAGGCAGAGGACAUCAGAAGCCAGGGCACGAAGGACUCCCCAGCCGGCGAGCUAAUUGAGAUUGCCGGCGAUACCACGAACCCAGAAACAGGGCGGCAGCUUGUCGAAAGUGCUGUGAAGAAAUGGGGGUCCCUGGACAUUUUCGUUGCCAAUGCCGGAAUAUUCAAGGCGGCUGAAUUCCUCACGCUCGACAAGGAGCUCUUUGACCGGACAAUGCAAGUCAACGUGAACGGCGCAUUCUAUUCGUGCCAAGCAGCAGCUCAGCAGAUGGUGAAGCAAGGAAACGGCGGCGCCAUCAUUGGGAUUUCUUCCAUCAGUGCUCUGGUUGGAGGAGGUCUACAGACGCAUUAUACACCCACAAAGGCCGCCGUCUCGUCCAUGAUCCAGUCGAUGGCUAUUUCGCUGGCAAAGCACAAGAUCAGAUGCAAUGCUUUGUUGCCAGGUACGAUCCAUACGCAACUCGCGGAGGAGGAUAUGCAAAACGAGGUGAAGCGCAAGUAUCUAGAACACCGCAUCCCGAUGGGUCGCGUGGGCAAGCCGCAGGACUUGGCAGGCCCCGCGGUGUUUCUCGCCAGCGAGCAGCUGAGCGGAUACAUGACGGGAUCACAGGUGCUGGUAGACGGCGGCAUGUUUGUUCAUUUGCACCGAUGGUUUUGUGACUUCCGACUCCCCGCAAUGUUCUCAUUUCCCCGCUACAAGUCGCACCCACACUUUCGGCACCUCCGCCGCCACUCCGGGCACGGAACUCUCGCGCUCCGCAGCGAGUCCUCUCCGCCUGGCCGGCAGUACACCCGAGGCCGCUUGUCCCGCGGACGUGGCCUGCGAAACACAACAGGAUGCCUCAACUGUCGCCGUCGCCAUGUGAAAUGCGACGAAGGCAAACCUGCAUGCCGCGCAUGUGUCAAAAUCGGCCAGAACUGUGUUUACCCGCGUGUCCCCAGCAAUACAGCCCAUCGUCGAGGUGCUAGCUCCUCCGGCUCGGGUGAAACAAAGGGAGCCCAUGAAGAGUCUGGUUCAACUCCCUGGUCACAAUCCCCAAUCACAACCCAGGAUCACGAUCAUGUCCAGAACGCGGACGCAUCCAAUUCACUAACCCACGCCAAUGAUGACCAUCAGUUAAUGCAUGUCGAUAUUCCCACAAACCAAAAUGGGCAACCCCGAGAAGAGCAAGAGGCAAUACAUGCUGUUGUAACUUCGCGAGACGGUGCAGCUACAUCAACCGCUUCUUCCUCGGCCGCCAACAUCGAAAACGCCACAGCAAUUUGGGUUGACCUCCUACUAAAAGAUGCUGCAGCACAGAAUGUUGACAUCGGGGACCUAAAUUUCGAUUCAGAGACUCUCAAUAUAUUUGGGAACUCGGUCAUACAAUCACCAGCGGAGUCACAUUCUGCCAAUACACAACUCCAACCACAUGAUCAAAGCUCCCCUCCAACUAAGAACCCCUACUUGCUCGACCGGAUACCCCCUCCCCUGCAAAGCCAGCGCUUCGAAAAGCAAGCCUGGCACUCCGAUCUCCCGCUUCAGAUAUCAUCCGAGGAACUAUUGGUUUUCCAGAAUUUCGUGCGAAACAUCAGCCUCUGGAUGGACCUGUUUGAUCCCAAGAGGCCAUUCGCUACUCAUGUACCACAUCUGGCAAGACAUAAUGUCGGGUUAAUGAACGCAGUCUUGGCACUCUCGGUGCGCCAUCUAUCUUUAACCACCGACGCAACUGGAGUACCUCGGCGCGACCCGAAUGAUGCCUUACGGUACUAUGCCAAGACCCUCCAUUACAUUCAAGAAGCCAUGCAUUUCGACACCUAUAAGACAAGCCUGGAGCUGCUUUCCACCUCUUCGAUCGUGUCGGCGUACGAGAUGCUGGACGGCUCAGGACCAGAUUGGGGCAGGCACCUCAAAGGAGUCUUCUGGAUCCAGCGUUCCCAAGUCAUCCACGGGGACUCAAAUGGCCUGCAGCAAGCCGUGUGGUGGGCUUGGCUCUGUCAGGACGUCUGGGCAGCAUUUCGAGAAAACCGCCGGCCUUACACAUUCUGGCGGCCAACAAGGACGCUGGAUGAGCUUGACCCCUACGAACUCUCUGCCCGUUCUGCCUACUUCUUUGCCCAAGUAGUAGGCUUCUGUUCUCGAGAGGAGAUGGAGUUAGCUAAAUCUGAUAUCCUAGGUAGAAGAUCUCGAGCAGAGGUUCUGUGGGAAAAUCUGGAGGAGUGGAAAGGAUAUUUGACCGCAGAAUUUGAGCCACUCCCAUGGCCGAGCUCCCCCGAUGACCCAUUCGAUCCAAUAUGGAUCAACCCGCCAGCAUUUGCUGUUGCCAUCCAACUCUACUAUUGUUCACGUAUAUUACUGCUUUUAAAUCGACCGCAGUUCGGAGGGCUUGAACUGUACGCCCAACAACGCACGACGUUGAUGGGCUACAUCAAGAAGGUCUGUGGGAUAGCCAUGACGCUCACGGACUACCCGUCGAGUGUGAUGUGCUCGCAGUGCCUGUUCAUCGCUGGCCUCCCAAUCGAAGGUAGACGCCAGCGAAAUUGCGUCUUGGAUUUGCUCGAAAAUUGUAGAAAGCGAUCGGGAUGGCCAGUCAAGUCGUUGGGCGAAGAACUCAAAGUUCGAUGGGAUAAGUUUGGGGACGGAGGAUAAUAUACUGGUCUGUUUGGACCAGUAUUAGAGCUCGUCAAAAUGGCGUGGUAAAUGGUCCUUACCGUUAUCCUCCCUACUAAUCGACAGCAGUCCUACCCCGCACCAUGAAUCUGCACGUAUCUACUAGUCUGGCAUGGAAUAGAGAUGAUUUAUCCUCGAUCGUGAUUGUCGUAGCGAAGAGCGAGGCGAAUCAGGAACUUCUAGUGGGGACAAGUGUCGUCUCGAGGGUCUAGCGAAUGGGAGUCAUGACUCCCCCAAGAGGAGCAAGCAUUGCAUGAAAGGGCGGCACGCGAGAACCAAAGAUGAAGUACCUGGAGAAACGGAGUCCUCGUCCCAGGGGAUAGCACGACAACCGCCUCCUCGUCACAUUUACGGUGGCCCUCAGGAAGCGGAAACCCCCUGUAUUUUUGUUAGCUUGGUACCAUUUGCAGGGCGAUGAACUCAACAGCGAAUUCACAAUAAACCUGAGUACAUGGCUAG